AUGGAGAUAACUCAGUGGGUAACAGGGGGUCGUUCUACCUCUCACAGAGCCGCUAAGCGCCCCGGUCUGCGCCUAAGCAAAACACGUAGAGUGACUGUUCUGAGAACGUCAUGCUCAUGGGUGUGUUUCGCCGCGCUCGGCUGUACGCUUUUUUUCCUCCUUGGAGUGUGUUUGCUCAAUCUCCCAGACCCGCGACUACAACCCCUCCCGCUCACUGGAGGUGAGCCCAGAGAUGUCACCCUUCUCCUGUGGACGCACCCCUUCGGCCACUACCGCAGACUGCCGGACUGUGAGGCACGCUUUGGGAUCCGUGGGUGCACACUGACCGACGACCGGCGCAUGUACCAAGGGGCUGACGCCGUCAUCAUACACCACCGUGAGAUAGCGACCAACGCCACCGCACUCCCGGCAGACCCACGGCCCCGUGGCCAGAAGUGGAUCUGGAUGAAUUUUGAGUCCCCGUCUCACACUCGUGGCCUGCGGCGGUUCGAGGGCGUCUUCAACCUCACCAUGACCUACCGAGCAGAUUCGGACAUCUUCCUCCCCUACGGCUACCUGGUGCCCCGCCUUCGCCCUCACGCCAACGGCCCCCGGCGGCCCCGCCUACUGGCCUGGGUCAUCAGUAACUGGUCGGAUUCGCAGGCCCGCGUGGCGUACUACCGCCGGCUGGCUAACUACGUUGGCGUGGAUGUGUUCGGGCGUGCAGGUGUGCCACUGCCAGAGGACAGCACUGUGGUGCGCACGGUGAGACGCUACCAGUUCUAUCUGGCGUUGGAGAACUCACAGCACACCGACUACAUCACCGAGAAGCUCUGGAACUCCUUACUGGCCGGGGCCGUUCCUGUAGUUCUCGGGCCGCCGCGGGAAAACUACGAACGCUUCCUCCCCCCUGAGGCCUUCAUCCAUGUGGACGACUUCCCCUCUCCCCGCUUGCUCGCCCAAUACCUGCUGCUGCUGCGCCGGAGCCCCGCCCUCCUGCAGAGACACCUGGCCUGGGGGAGGAGCUACAGCGUGCACCUGACCACCUUCUGGGCGGAGCAUUACUGCACAGCGUGCCGCGCCGUGCGGAACCACAGACUCCGGACUAACACCAUCACCAACCUUCAGCGCUGGUUUGAGUCCUGACCUGUGACUGCUUUCUGACCUUCCAAUAUGUGAACAUGAUUGGUCAGGUAUCUAGCCACAACCCGGUCUGCAGCAGGGACACCAUAGGAACUGUCUUCAACACCAUUUAGCAAGCAGUGGAUCACAGGAAGAAACUUUUUAUAACAUCACUGAACUGUGAUUCACAUGUCUGUUACUUAUUUUUAUUAGUCAGGGUUCAGUAGUGUUAUGAAGUGAGUUGUGUCAGACUGUAUAAAAAAACAGAGACAUUGUCCUCAUCAGUGGGUGGGUGUGGGUUGUUUGACAGCUGCUUUGGAAGCCUUCCUAAAACCACAGUAGCCUUGAUACUGCCUUUACAUGAUCAGCUGACCAGCUGCUACUUACACCACCCCACCAGACAUGUGCAAUGCUAACCAAAGGAGAUUCCUGACACACACACACACACACACACACACACACACACACACACACACACACACUGACCAGCAGCUGCAUCCACCGCUAUAAUCACCCUCAUAGAUAUUGUCCAGGCUACUGUGUAUUUAUAUUUAUCAAAUGUCCACGACGUUCCUCUCCUCACCUGUCUGCUGUCUGAUUUGUUCAGUUGUUUCAGUCCAAGAUAUUUCAGACUUUUGAAUGUGAAAAUUCUAAUGUAUGCAAUUAAAAAUAAUUAAACUUGAACUUUGACUUGCCUAAGCGAGUUUUGCCUCUCAACUAGUCACUCUGACAUAGCGCCUAACAUAACGGCGUAAACGGUGCCUUCAAACACAGGCCUAUCCCUUGUUUGACCUGUAGCGCCUAACAUAACGGCGUAACGGUGCCUUCAAACACAGGCCUAUCCCUUGUUUGACCUGUAGCGCCUAACAUAACGGCAUAACGGUGCCUUCAAAGCCAAAGCCUAUACAUUUACAUUACAUUUUAGUCAUUUAGCAGACGCUCUUAUCCAGAGCGACUUACAGGAGCAAUUAGGGUUAAGUGCCUUGCUCAAGGGCACAUUUACGUCAUUUAGCAGACGCUCUUAUCCAGAGCGACUCACCAAUUGGUGCGUUCACCCUAUAGCCAGUGGGAUAAUCACUUUACAAAUUUUUUCUUUUGGGGGGGGGGGGGGGUAGAAGGAUUACUUUAUCCUAUCCCAGGUAUUCCUUAAAGAGGUGGGGUUUCAAAUGUCUCCGGAAGGUGGUGAGUGACUCCGCUGUCCUGGCGUCGUGAGGGAGCUUGUUCCACCAUUGGGGUGCCAGAGCAGCGAACAGUUUUGACUGGGCUGAGCGGGAACUAUGCUUCCGCAGAGGAAGGGGAGCCAGCAGGCCAGAGGUGGAUUGAACGCAAUGCCCUCGUUUGGGUGUAGGGACUGAUCAGAGCCCGAAGGUACAGAGGUGCCGUUCCCCUCACUGCUCCAUAGGCAAGCACCAUGGUCUUGUAGCGGAUGCGAGCUUCAACUGGAAGCCAGUGGAGUGUGCGGAGGAGGGGGGUGACGGGAGAGAACUUGGGAAGGUUGAACACCAGACGGGCUGCGGCAUUCUGGAUGAGUUGUAGGGGUUUAAUGGCACAGGCAGGGAGGCCAGCCAACAGCGAGUUGCAGUAGUCCAGACGGGAGAUGACAAGUGCCUGGAUUAGGACCUGUGCCGCUUCCUGUGUAAGGCAGGGUCGUACUCUCCGAAUGUUGUAGAGCAUGAACCUGCAGGAGCGGGUCACCGCCUUGAUGUUGACGGAGAACGACAGGGUGUUGUCCAGGGUCACGCCUAGGCUCUUCGCACUCUGGGAGGAGGACACAGCGGAGUUGUCAACCGUGAUGGCGAGAUCAUGGAACGGGCAGUCCUUCCCCGGGAGGAAGAGCAGCUCCGUCUUGCCAGGGUUCAGCUUGAGGUGGUGAUCCGUCAUCCAUACUGAUAUGUCUGCCAGACAUGCAGAGAUGCGAUUCGCCACCUGGUUAUCAGAAGGGGGAAAGGAGAAGAUUAGUUGUGUAUCGUCAGCGUAGCAAUGAUAGGAGAGGCCAUGUGAGGAUAUGACAGAGCCAAGUGACUUGGUGUAUAGGGAGAAAAGGAGAGGGCCUAGAACUGAGCCCUGGGGGACACCAGUGGUGAGAGCACGUGGUGCGGAGACAGCUUCUCGCCACGCCACUUGGUAGGAGCGACCGGUCAGGUAGGACGCAAUCCAGGAGUGAGCCGCGCCGGAGAUGCCCAGCUCGGAGAGGUGUGGAGAGGAGGAUCUGAUGGUUCACAGUAUCAAAGGCAGCAGACAUGUCUAGAAGGACAAGAGCAGAGGAGAGAGAGUUAGCUUUAGCAGUGCGGAGAGCCUCCGUGACACAGAGAAGAGCAGUCUCAGUUGAAUGACCAGUCCUGAAACCUGACUGGUUUGGAUCAAGAAGGUCAUUCUGAGAGAGAUAGCAAGAGAGUUGGCUAAAGACGGCACGCUCAAUAGUUUUGGAAAGAAAAGAAAGAAGGGAUACUGGUCUGUAGUUGUUGACAUCAGUGGGAUCGAGUGUUGGUUUUUUGAGAAGGGGAGCAACUCUCGCUCUCUUGAAGACGGAAGGGACAUGGCCAGCGGUCAAGGAUGAGUUGAUCAGCGAGGUGAGGUAGGGGAGAAGGUCACCGGAGAUGGUCUGGAGAAGAGAGGAGGGGAUGGGGUCAAGCGGGCAGGUUGUUGGGCGGCCUGCAGUCACAAGUCGCAGGAUUUUAUCUGGAGAGAGAGGGGAGAAAGAAGUCAAAGCAUAGGGUAGGGCAGUGUGAGUAGGACCAGCUUUGUCAUUAGACUUAACAAACGAGGAUCGAAUGUCGUCAACCUUCUUUUCAAAGUGGUUGACGAAGUCAUCCACAGAGAGAGAGGAGGGGGGGGGCGGGGGGGGAGGAUUCAGGAGGGAGGAAAAUGUGGCAAAGAGCUUCCUAGGGUUAGAGGCAGAUGCUUGGAAUUUAGAGUGGUAGAAAGUGGCCUUAGCAGCAGAAACAGAGGAAGAAAAUGUAGAGAGGAGGGAGUGAAAAGAUGCCAGGUCGGCAGGGAGUUUAGUUUUCUUCCAUUUCCCCGGAGCUCUGUUCUGUGAGCUCGCAAUGAGUCAUCAAGCCACGGAGCUGGAGGGGAGGACCGAGCCGGCCGGGAGGAUAGGGGACACAGAGAGUCAAAGGAUGCAGAAAGGGAGGAGAGGAGGGUUGAGGAGGCAGAAUGAGGAGAUUGGAGGGAGAAGGAUUGAGCAGAGGGAAGAGAUGAUAGGAUGGAAGAGGAGAGAGUAGUGGGAGAGAGAGAGCGAAGGUUGCGGCGGCGCAUUACCAUCUGUGUAGGGGCAGAGUGAGUAGUGUGGGAGGAGAGCGAGAGAGAAAAGGAAACAAAGUAGUGGUCGGAGACAUGGAGGGGAGUUGCAGUGAGAUUAGUAGAAGAGCAGCAUCUAGUAAAGAUGAGGUCAAGCGUAUUGCCUGCCUUGUGAGUAGGGGGGGGAUGGUGAGAGGGUGAGGUCAAAAGAGGAGAGAAGUGGAAAGAAGGAGGCAGAGAGAAAUGAGUCAAAUGUGGACAUAGGGAGGUUGAAAUCCCCCAAAACUGUGAGGGGUGAGCCAUCCUCAGGAAAGGAACUUAUCAAGGCGUCAAGCCUAUCCCUUGUUUGACCUGUAGCGCCUAACAUAACGGCGUAACGGUGCCUUCAAACACAGGCCUAUCCCUUGUUUGACCUGUAGCGCCUAACAUAACGGCAUAACGGUGCCUUCAAACACAGGCCUAUCCCUUGUUUGACCUGUAGCGCCUAACAUAACGGCGUAACGGUGCCUUCAACACAGGCCUAUCCCUUGUUUGACCUGUAGCGCCUAACAUAACGGCAUAACGGUGCCUUCAAACACAGGCCUAUACAUUUACAUUACAUUUUAGUCAUUUAGCAGACGCUCUUAUCCAGAGCGACUUACAGGAGCAAUUAGGGUUAAGUGCCUUGCUCAAGGGCACAUUUACGUCAUUUAGCAGACGCUCUUAUCCAGAGCGACUCACCAAUUGGUGCGUUCACCCUAUAGCCAGUGGGAUAAUCACUUUACAAUUUUUUUUUUUUGGGGGGGGGGGGGGGGGUAGAAGGAUUACUUUAUCCUAUCCCAGGUAUUCCUUAAAGAGGUGGGGUUUCAAAUGUCUCCGGAAGGUGGUGAUUGACUCCGCUGUCCUAGUGUCGUGAGGGAGCUUGUUCCACCAUUGGGGUGCCAGAGCAGCGAACAGUUUUGACUGGGCUGAGCGGGAACUAUGCUUCCGCAGAGGAAGGGGAGCCAGCAGGCCAGAGGUGGAUGAACGCAAUGCCCUCGUUUGGGUGUAGGGACUGAUCAGAGCCCGAAGGUACAGAGGUGCCGUUCCCCUCACUGCUCCAUAGGCAAGCACCAUGGUCUUGUAGCGGAUGCGAGCUUCAACUGGAAAGCCAGUGGAGUGUGCGGAGGAGGGGGGUGAUGUGAGAGAACUUGGGAAGGUUGAACACCAGACGGGCUGCGGCAUUCUGGAUGAGUUGUAGGGGUUUAAUGGCACAGGCAGGGAGGCCAGCCAACAGCGAGUUGCAGUAGUCCAGACGGGAGAUGACAAGUGCCUGGAUUAGGACCUGUGCCGCUUCCUGUGUAAGGCAGGGUCGUACUCUCCGAAUGUUUGUAGAGCAUGAACCUGCAGGAGCGGGUCACCGCCUUGAUGUUGGCGGAGAACGACAGGGUGUUGUCCAGGGUCACGCCUAGGCUCUUCGCACUCUGGGAGGAGGACACAGCGGAGUUGUCAACCGUGAUGGCGAGAUCAUGGAACGGGCAGUCCUUCCCCGGGAGGAAGAGCAGCUCCGUCUUGCCAGGGUUCAGCUUGAGGUGGUGAUCCGUCAUCCAUACUGAUAUGUCUGCCAGACAUGCAGAGAUGCGAUUCGCCACCUGGUUAUCAGAAGGGGACAGGAGAAGAUUAGUUGUGUAUCGUCAGCGUAGCAAUGAUAGGAGAGGCCAUGUUGAGGAUAUGACAGAGCCAAGUGACUUGGUGUAUAGGGAGAAAAGGAGAGGGCCUAGAACUGAGCCCUGGGGGACACCAGUGGUGAGAGCACGUGGUGCGGAGACAGCUUCUCGCCACGCCACUUGGGUAGGAGCGACCGGUCAGGUGGACGCAAUCCAGGAGUGAGCCGCGCCGGAGAUGCCCAGCUCGGAGAGGGUGGAGAGGAGGAUCUGAUGGUUCACAGUAAUCAAAGGCAGCAGACAGGUCUAGAAGGACAAGAGCAGAGGAGAGAGAGUUAGCUUUAGCAGUGCGGAGAGCCUCCGUGACACAGAGAAGAGCAGUCUCAGUUGAAUGACCAGUCCUGAAAACCUGACUGGUUUGGAUCAAGAAGGUCAUUCUGAGAGAGAUAGCAAGAGAGUUGGCUAAAGACGGCACGCUCAAUAGUUUUGGAAAGAAAAGAAAGAAGGGAUACUGGUCUGUAGUUUGUUGACAUCAGUGGGAUCGAGGGUUGGUUUUUUGAGAAGGGGAGCAACUCUCGCUCUCUUGAAGACGGAAGGGACAUGGCCAGCGGUCAAGGAUGAGUUGAUCAGCGAGGGUGAGGUAGGGGAGAAGGUCACCGGAGAUGGUCUGGAGAAGAGAGGAGGGGAUGGGGUCAAGCGGGCAGGUUGUUGGGCGGCCUGCAGUCACAAGUCGCAGGAUUUUAUCUGGAGAGAGGGGGAGAAAGAAGUCAAAGCAUAGGGUAGGGCAGUGUGAGUAGGACCAGCAGUGUCAUUAGACUUCACAAACGAGGAUCGAAUGGUCGUCAACCUUCUUUUCAAAGUGGUUGACGAAGUCAUCCACAGAGAGAGAGGAGGGGGGGGCGGGGGGGGGGGGGGAGGAUUCAGGAGGGGAGGAAAAUGUGGCAAAGAGCUUCCUAGGGUUAGAGGCAGAUGCUUGGAAUUUAGAGUGGUAGAAAGUGGCCUUAGCAGCAAGAAACAGAGGAAGAAAAUGUAGAGAGGAGGGAGUGAAAAGAUUGCCAGGUCGGCAGGGAGUUUUAGUUUUUCUUCCAUUUCCGCUCCGCUGCCCGGAGCUCUGUUCUGUGAGCUCGCAAUGAGUCAUCAAGCCACGGAGCUGGAGGGGAGGACCGAGCCGGCCGGGGAGGAUAGGGGACACAGAGAGUCAAGGAUGCCAGAAAGGGAGGAGAGGAGGGUUGAGGAGGCAGAAAUGAGGAGAUUGGAAGGGAGAAGGAUUGAGCAGAGGGAAGAGAUGAUAGGAUGGAAGAGGAGAGAGUAGUUGGGGAGAGAGAGAGCGAAGGUUGCGGCGGGCGCAUUAACCAUCUGUGUAGGGGCAGAGUGAGUAGUGUGGGAGGAGAGCGAGAGAGAAAAGGAAACAAAGGUAGUGGUCGGAGACAUGGAGGGGAGUUGCAGUGAGAUUAGUAGAAGAGCAGCAUCUAGUAAAGAUGAGGUCAAGGUAUCCCUGUUUUAGAGGGGGGAUGGGGAAGGGGAGGGCAAAAAAGGGAGAGGUGGGAAAGAAAGGGGAAGGAAAAAAAGAAUUUUUUGGGGAGGUGAAAUAAAAUGGGGAGGGGUAGAUUAGGAAAGGAUUAAAGGGGUAAAUAUCCCUUGGGACCUGAGGUUUUAAAUCCAAAAAUGUUUAAAAAAGGUAGUUUUUUUUCCCCCCCCCCCCCCCUUUUUCCCCCCAAAGGGGGGAAAAAAGGACCCUUUUAUUUCCCCCAAAAGGGGGUUCCCAAGGCCUUCCCCCUUGGUUUUUGACCCGUAGCGCCUAACAUAACGGCGUAACGGUGGGCCCCCCCCUUUUCAAAAACCCCCCCCCAGGGGGGCCCCCCCGAGCCAUAGCAAAGGAACAGUAGCCCUGACUUAACUGUUUAACCCUGAGAAUGGGCCGACUGGUUUUUCUCACAGCCAAGGCAUAAAGAAGGAGGACCGUAAACUUUUCUCCUUGGAAUCCCAGGUGAAAGAGAUUCUAGGCUACACCAGGUGCGUGGAGAGGAGAACGUGACAGGGAGUGGACGUUAAGUUUCUAGAACUUCUGGAGUUAAUGGACAUAAGGGCUGGAAGUUUGAUGGAUUUCAUGGAGAUAACUCAGUGGGUAACAGGGGGUCGUUCUACCUCUAACAGAGCCGUCUAAGCGCCCCGGUCUGCGCCUAAGCAAAACACGUAGAGUGACUGUUCUGAGAACAUCAUGCUCAUGGGUGUGUUUCGCCGCUCUCGGCUGUUCGCUUUUUUUCCUCCUUGGAGUGUGUUUGCUCAAUCUCCCAGACCCGCGACUACAACCCCUCCCGCUCACUGGAGGUGAGCCCAGAGAUGUCACCCUUCUCCUGUGGACGCACCCCUUCGGCCACUACCGCAGACUGCCGGACUGUGAGGCACGCUUUGGGAUCCGUGGGUGCACACUGACCGACGACCGGCGCAUGUACCAAGGGGCUGACGCCGUCAUCAUACACCACCGUGAGAUAGCGACCAACGCCACCGCACUCCCGGCAGACCCACGGCCCCGUGGCCAGAAGUGGAUCUGGAUGAAUUUGAGUCCCCGUCUCACACUCGUGGCCUGCGGCGGUUCGAGGGCGUCUUCAACCUCACCAUGACCUACCGAGCAGAUUCGGACAUCUUCCUCCCCUACGGCUACCUGGUGCCCCGCCUUCGCCCUCACGCCAACGGCCCCCGGCGGCCCCGCCUACUGGCCUGGGUCAUCAGUAACUGGUCGGAUUCGCAGGCCCGCGUGGCGUACUACCGCCGGCUGGCUAACUACGUUGGCGUGGAUGUGUUCGGGCGUGCAGGUGUGCCACUGCCAGAGGACAGCACUGUGGUGCGCACGGUGAGACGCUACCAGUUCUAUCUGGCGUUGGAGAACUCACAGCACACCGACUACAUCACCGAGAAGCUCUGGAACUCCUUACUGGCCGGGGCCGUUCCUGUAGUUCUCGGGCCGCCGCGGGAAAACUACGAACGCUUCCUCCCCCCUGAGGCCUUCAUCCAUGUGGACGACUUCCCCUCUCCCCGCUUGCUCGCCCAAUACCUGCUGCUGCUGCGCCGGAGCCCCGCCCUCCUGCAGAGACACCUGGCCUGGGGGAGGAGCUACAGCGUGCACCUGACCACCUUCUGGGCGGAGCAUUACUGCACAGCGUGCCGCGCCGUGCGGAACCACAGACUCCGGACUAACACCAUCACCAACCUUCAGCGCUGGUUUGAGUCCUGA